AGAGAAAAAGAGAAGGAUCCCCACCUAGUUGGCAACCCAGUUUACACAUGGAGAAAUAUCCUGCUUGGACUGAGUGAGGUCCUGUGACCAUUGCCUCUCUAGACAGACCACUUCCAAAACCACUGGGUAGGCAGUACAAGAAACCUUUUUUUGUUGUAUGUUUUUGAAUCGAAUUCUGCGUGGGGUCCAGUCGCUUAUCAUGGCCAGCAAGUACAACAUUGUGUUCGUUCUCGGAGGACCAGGAGCUGGAAAGGGGACCCAGUGCGCCAAAAUUGUUGAUAAAUUUGGUUAUAUUCACUUGUCUGCUGGUGAUCUGCUGAGGGAAGAGAGAGCCAAACCAGGCAGUGAGUAUGGAGAAUUAAUUGAAAACCACAUCAAGAAUGGCACAAUUGUGCCUGUCGAAAUUACCUGCUCCUUGUUAGAACGUGCCAUGAAGGAUUCAGGUAAAAUGGACUUCCUCAUUGAUGGAUUUCCCCGGAACCAAAAUAACCUUGAAGGCUGGAACAACCAGAUGGGAGAGAAGGUUAACCUGAAGUUUGUCCUUUUCUUCAAUUGUCCUCUUGAGGUGUGUACCCAGCGAUGCUUGGACAGGGGAGCCGCAGGGUCUGGCCGCUCAGAUGACAACCUGGAGUCCCUCAAGAAGCGCUUUGACACCUACAUGAAUGCCACGAUGCCCAUCAUUGAGCACUAUGAAGGGCAAGAUCUCGUACGUAAGAUUGAUGCCACUCGUUCACCUGACGAAGUAUUUGGAGAUGUUGAAAAGCUGUUCAGUUAAAUUAGUCAGGUCUGAGGAAGAAGGUAGGUUGGCUCAGCAAAGAACCAAAAACCAUCUGGUUAAUUUAAAUGUUUUAUCAUGAAAGGGUUAGUGGACAGCCAGAUACCAUGAGAUUGGCAUUUUGAGUGGUAUUUUGGUAAAAGAUCUCAUCAUGAACAAAUUAUACCAAAAGACAAAGUAUAUGAGUUUGAGAUUAUAUAAACAUCAUUAUCCUAUGGCUAGUUUACCAUUUGCAAGUAUGUCUUGUAUUUUUAUCUCACUGUAGAGUUCAUUAAAUAUAUUAAUUGCUGAUAUCAUGCUUUUUGCUUCUUUUCUGUUGCAAAAUGGUAUGACCGUGAUAUUGAAUUGAUAUUUCUUUUUUAAUAUUAAGAAUAUCAAUUUCACCAGAUUUUAAUCAAUAUUUUUGGUUUUGUUCAGUUUCAUCAAAUUUAAACAUUGAAUAUGGCUUUGUACUCAAAUAGAUUAUAUUAUUGUUAGAUCAUACUUGACUUUUGUAAAAUGGUGCUUUGCCAUUAUUAUUUAUGACAUGUUUUCACUGCAUUAGGUAAUUAGUAUUAUAUAUAUAUAUCAUUAUAAUUCCUGGCUAAACCACUCGUAUGUUUUUGACAAGGAAAACUAUAUUGCCUUGGUGUAUUUGUAAGUGUCCAUGUAAUACUAGCUUUUUUUGUAGUUAUUUAUUUUGUGGAAGGUUACCAUAUAUAGAAUGUAAAAGAUGUUCAGACACUAGUAUAGGUUUUAUUUUCAUGAAAACACCUGUUUCUCUAGAUAGCUAUAUUAUUCAAGCAGAAGAGUCUUGCAUAAAAGUGAGAAGAGAUUUCAGCCCCAGAUAUGGAAUAUAUUAACUGUUCUGAAGCAAGUAUAAGGUAAUGAAUAUUAGAGAAGAAAUAAUGAGGAGAAUCAGUAGUAUAUAUAAUGUUAGCCAGUAGACUUAGAUGCAUUUCAAGAGGAGGUCAGUACUUUUCCUCCACCCUUCAGUCACUGAAAACUAGAUUGCCAAUUUUUGUUUCAAAUUCCAUGAUGACAGCAAUAAAUGGUUCAAUAAUGUAUAAAUAA